AUGUUCUCAAAAUGUAGAACUGACGCGUUUAGGAAGAUGUCUAUGAAAUGUUUCGCCCUUAGUUAUAAUAUAAAAAAGGAAGAAAGAUUGUUGGAGAUGCACAAGUCCAAUUUCGUAGAAAACGGCACUAAUAUUAAUUUUCGUUCAUCAGUGAAGGCGAGCGAAGCAAACUCCACAGAAAGUCUGAAGUCCGGCUUUAGCCGGACGUUCAGACUGUGUUGCGGCAGCGCUCCACUACCACUGGCUUGUUGUCCACCUCCUCCACCACCGAAACCGUGUUGUCAACCUGCAUUUGGUCCUUGUUGUCCAGCAACACCAACUUGUUGUCCAAAACCAUGUUGUAGAGGGCGUCGCCCAGAAUUCGAAGAAUACGAGGAAGACGGUGGCAACAGUCUCGGUGAACAGCCGUCAGCACCUCCUCCACCUCGUACAUGUUGUCCCCCACCAGUCCCACCACCACCUCCUCCACCACCACCUCCACCACCACCACCACCUGAGCCUCCAGUACAAUGUUGCGGAGGACAGCAGUAUCCUAGAACUCCUUGCAAUUCAUGCAAUGGAAGAGAUUGUAAUUGUGGUCGCCCUUGCUGCUACUAUCAGAAUCCAUCCUGUUGCCAUCAACAAAAGCCUUGCUGUCCACCGCAGCCGCCACCGCUGCCAUGCUGCCCUUCACUACAAGCGGAGAAUUGUGUCGCUCGAGUGCCGCCUUGUUUGAGAUCCUGUCCUACUUGUCCAUGCAGAAAGAGAAUAAUGCUUGGAAAACGUGCAAAACGUCAUGACGCUUUGCACUGUAUACCAGUUGGCGUACCCGCUGGGUUCCUCGACAUGUCAGCUUUAGCCGCCGAGGCAGCCACAACCGAAUCAACAACAACGGAACGUUCGCCGUUGCUGCUUCUGGAAAUCGCUGAAAAUGCUGCAGUUGGAGCCGAUUGCCGACAACCAGGUCGACGAAAAGAAGUUCCUACUGUCAAAUCUGGACGAGCAGCUGGAGUCCCAACAGUGCCGCGAUCGAUUCAGUCCAUUCCACAUUUUGAGGAUGUUGUACAAGAUUCUCCUCGUGCUGGGCGAUUGUUCGCAGAUCGCAAUAGAAGAGUGAAGCGACAUGGAUGUUCCAUUUGCAUCAAUGGUCGUCCGAUAAUCAAACGUACGAAGCGUUCCUUGGAUUGCGUGGCUUGUACCUACCUUCAACCUACUGAGAGUGUUAGCAAUCCGUUUGCAGCUCAAACUCUUCCUACCUCACCGGUUGGAAUUCCUCCAAGGCAUCUCAGGGAGAAAAGAGCCGGGUGUCUACCUCAUCCUGAAUGCACCUUUGCACCACGUAGAGUCCGAAGAAACUUGGAAUCGCAGUACUGUGAACCUUGUACUGGUGGAUACUACGGAAGAAAGAAGAGAGAAGCCGAGAUAGAUAAAUGCGUUCGACGUGAGAAACGAGAGUCCAGUCAGGAUUGUGAAGUGGAUGAAUUUCUGGUAACCAGAAUGAAGCGGCAAGCUUACAAUCCUAAGGGGAUCCUUGAUAUUGUUAAAGUCCUUAGUAAAACGUUCGGACAAGAAGGCCCAGGUGGUUGCGUGAAGUUUCCCGCUUGCGUUCUUGCGCAAGCAAAACGUAGAAAACGCCAUGCUGAGAGAGUAGAACAGUAUCAUAAGGAAGUUGCUUCCCGAAUACAAAUCCAUAACGAAAAGCAUAAUAUUCGGCAAAAACGUCAAUUUUUUGCCCCUGACGCUAGCGCCUCCUGCGUACCUUGUCCGGCAUGGGUGACUACUGCGUUAGCGAGCAGAAAGAAGAGAUCCACAAGCUCAUCCAGUGAAAAAGAUGAACAACGGAGCGUUAUGAGCCUUUCGGAAGCAAUUGCUGAUAUUCGUAGUAAGGCAGGAUAUAAACUAGGAUUUGAUAACGACGAUGAAUCCCCUCGUCGAAAACAACAUCAUUGCGACCAAACAGAUGAUUGCCUGAAUGAUGUAGAGUACGCGGUUUUCGAAAAAGUGUACCAAAACAUACGUGUGAAGAGAGAGACCUUCCGCAGGAGAAAAUGUGAACGAUGCGGUAGAGGAUUCGUUAGCAAAAGAGUGAAAAGGAAUUUUGGAGAGCCGACUAUUAACGCAUCUGAGGUAUCACGACGCAUGAAGUGCGGUGCAUUUGCGUGCGCCGCGGCGGAGAAAGCGGUUGGAGUCGAGAUGGGACCAUCGCGAACUGUAGCGAAGAAUGGUGCUAGCAAAGGUCCACCCUUGAUCCUAACCGCACCGAUUCGAGCGCAGCCGCUUACGCAACUGCACCGUAUGUACAUCAUUUCGUUUUGA